CUUCACAUUAAACCACCGUGCCGGCGGCCUCAAAAAGACAAAUCCCAUCACUCUCAACGGAGCUCGUGAGUAUCGAAUCGGAUCGGCAUUAAGUAAUUUGUCAUUUCCUUUAACAGGGAACCCCGAAACGGCCAACAAAUCCCAAUUCCCAUUUAUUUAUACAUAAACCUCUCGAUUCUAAAUCCCAUUAACAUCAAAUCAAAGCUGUUUCUUUUUUCUAGAAAAAACAAAAGAAAGAAAUGGGGGAUUGGGGCCCUGUUCUAAUAGCUGUUAUACUGUUCGUAGUUCUUAGCCCCGGCGUUCUGUUUCAGCUUCCCGGAAACGAUAGAGUUGUGCAGUUCGUCAAUAUGCAGACCAGUGCCAUCUCCGUCUUCGUUCACUCCAUCAUUUUCUUUGGCCUCAUCACUAUCUUUGUCAUCGCCAUUGGCGUUCAUAUUUCCUCUGGGUAGAAGUUAAAACUAAAGCCCCCCCUUUUUUCUUCUUCUCUCUGUUUUUCGUUCUCGUUGUCUCUCUGUUUUUCUUAAACAAAUCUUCUCUUUCCCUUAUUAUAAUUCCCAAGUUUCUUAUUUUAUUAUGUUUCAAUCAAAUAUUUCAAUACAUAUUGGUUGGGUUGCAACUAUUUUUUUGCAACCCAUGAUGAAAAUAAUCAAGUCGUCGAUUCUUUUUAG